AGUUGUUGUCGAAAAAAAAAAAGUGGAGUUGAGAUAGUAUGCAUUAAUUUUGUACAUGGUCAAAUAGUCACUUCUCCUCUGCAUUUCCUUCCUCCUACUCCCGCUUUGUCCUCCUCUUAAAACCCUAACAACAAAAGCAGCGUCUUGUAGCUGUUGUUCUAUCUCUGCUCUCCUUCUCUACUGCUGCUAUUCUCGAGAGAAGUUUUGUAUAAAUUUCAUACUGGUAACGGGUAGCAAUAUUCAUCGCAGGACAAUAUGGUGAUCCUGCCGCCGGUCAGAGCUCCAAGAAUCACCGAGUUUCUGAAGCCAUAUGUGCUAAAAAUGCACUUCACAAACAAAUUUGUCCAUGCUCAAGUCAUCCACUCUCCAACAGCCACAGUAGCUGCUUCUGCAAGCUCACAGGAAAAGGCCUUGAGACCGACUAUGGGCAUCACACGGGAUGUGUCAGCUGCUGCAAAAAUUGGGAAGAUUCUCGGCGAGCGCUUGCUUGUUAAGAACAUUCCUGCUGUUUCAAUCUUCUUGAAGAGAGAACAGAAAUAUCAUGGUAAGAUUAAAGCAGUGGUUGAUAAUAUGAGAGAAGCUGGUGUGAAGUUACUUUAAUUUGAGGAUGAAGAACUGCGUUUACCGAUGAUUUAGGUUUCUAGAAGUUAGGUAUAAUAUCUGAAGCAACUCUUUACUCUUAUAUGGCGAUAUUGGAAAAGAAUGUAUCUGAAUCCCCAGUAAUGAAUAGUAAGAAUCUGAUUCGAGCAUACUACCCCUUUCAGAUAUUGUGGUAGAAAAUUGAAAUGUGGUUAUGCAUCAGCCUGUGUAUUGAAUUCAUUGGCGAGAUUGAACUCUCUUGCCUGUUUCCUAAUCGAGUAUUUGAUCAGUCAA